ACUGGACAAACUGAUGUCACUUCCACAACAGAUGAAGUUGGUACUACGGAUGUAACAACUGGGCAAACUAUUGGCACGUCCACAACCGAUCAAUCUGGAAGCACUGAGCUAACAAGUGAGCAAACUGAUGGCACCUCUCCAACUGAUCAGACUUUUACAACAAAUGAAUCGCCCACAGCUCAGUCCAGUGAGACCUCCUCAACAACCGACCAAACUGAUACAACUUCUGCAAUGUUAACGACUGAGUCCACGAAUCCCACUGCAACUUCUGACCAAACUGCCACAACAGUCUCAAUGUUGUCAACAGAGUCCACUGAUGCAACGUCUUCCACUGACUACAUCACAACCACUGAAUCAACUGUAACAAGUGAAACCACUGAGGGCACAUCCACAUCUGAUUCAUCUGGUACGACUGAGGUAACAACUGGACAAACUGAUGUCACUUCCACAACAGAUGAAGUUGUUAGUACGGAUGUAACAACUGGGCAAACUAUUGGCACGUCCACAACCGAUCAAUCUGGAACCACUGAGGUAACAAGUGAGCAAACUGGUGGCACGUCCACAACUCAUCCAUCUGGGACAACGGAGGUUACAAGUGGGCUAACUGAUGGCACCUCUACAACUGACCAGACUUAUAUAACAGAUGAAUUGUCCACAGCAAAGUCCACUGACACCUCUUCAACCACCAUUAAAACCUAUCCAUCUGCUGCAAUUUUAACAACUCAGUCUACUGAUGCCACCGCAACUUCUGACAAAACGGCCACAACGGUAUCAAUCUUAUCAACUCUGUACACUGAUGCAACUUCUUCCAAUGACUACACCACAACCACUGAAUCAUCUGUAACAAGUGAACCCACUGAGGGCACAUCAACAUCUGAUCUAUCUGGUACGACUGAGGUAAUAAGUGGACAAAGUCAUGGCACCUCCACAACUGAUGAAUUUGGUACCACUGAGAUUACAACUCCACCAACUGGUGGCACGUCCACAUCUGAUCAAUUUGGAACAACUGAGGUAACAAUUGGACAAACUGAUGGCACUUCCACAACAGAUGAAGUUGGUACUACGGAUGUAACAACUGGGCAUAUUAUUGGCACGUCCACAACUGAUCAAUCUGGAACCACUGAUUUAACAAGUGAGCAAACUAGUGGGACUUCUACAACUGAUCAAUAUGGGACAACUGAGGUUACAAGUGUGCAAACUGAUGGCACCUCUACAACUGGUCAGACUUUUACAACAAAUGAGUCCUACACAGCUGUUUCCAGUGAUGCCACUUUAACAACCGACAAAACUGAUACAACUGCUGCAAUGUCCACUAAUCCCACCACAACUUCUGACCAAACUCUCACGAAUGGUGCAACUUCUUCCAAUGUUUACAUCACAACCACUGAAUCAGCUGUACCAAGUGAAACCACAGAGGACACAUCCACAACUUAUCCAUCCAGAACAACCGAGGUAACAAGUGGGCCGACUGAAGGCAUCUCAACUCAUCAAUCCGAUAAAACUGAUUUAACAACUGUGCAACUAACCACACCAUCCACUAACCCACCCACUCAGCCACCAUCAACAGCCCCAACUAACCCUCCUACAAAUCCAGCAACUCACCCAACCACUGAACCAACAGUUUCCACCGUGGAGCCACCAAAAUGUGAGAAUGGAGGAACAUUCAAUGGAUACAACUGUACAUGUCCUAUUGGAUUAUUUGGACUUGCUUGUGAGAUGGUUACUCAUGUUGAGUCAGAUAUAAUCACAAGAACGGCAUUGGUUAAUUUGGUGAUCAACCAAGAAUAUAAUGUAAAAUAUGAGGACAAAACAUCACGUGAAUACAAAGAAUUUGUUGGGAACUUCACUAACCAGAUGAAGAAAUAUUACCUGGCAAAACAGAUACCAAACUUUAAAGAAGUGGUGGUAAUUAGUGUCAGCCCUGGAAACCCUUUGGUCAGAUUCUCAAAUAACACUGUGGAUGAGAUAAAAUUAUGGGAUGAAGCCAUGGCGAUCUACAGUAUUAAACCAAGAGCAAAAGGGGUUAAUGUCACACAUUAUGUGGGUCUGGAGAUUCCAAAUAAUGCUAGUGCUGAAGAACUGUAUAAGGAAGAUAUUGAAGCUAUUAAGCAGGCUGUUGAUGGCCUUCUUAGCUGCACAGGAGAAUGUCCUGAUUUCAACGUCACCGCUCCACCCACAGUGAUUACAACGGAGGCUGAUUUGGGAUCGAUCUGUGAAGAGUUUGUUAAAUAUACAGAUAUUGCUAUAUACUACCAACCUGUGCACAUUGAUGGAAAGAUAACAUGUGUGACCGCAUGCCACAGUCAACAUUCAAAUCAUAAAAGAUGCUACAACAGCGGACUCUGCAUAGUAUACAAAGCCACUGGACCUUUUUGCAAGUGUCAUAACGUGGCUGAGACUUGGUACUUGAAUGAGGACUGUAGCAUACCUAUACACAGGACUGCUUUCUAUGCAGGGUUAAGUGGGACCCUUGCUUGUCUGUUAGUGAUAGUGGGAGUCUUGACUGCAUUCUUACUGAGGAACAAACAAAGACAAAAGAGGAGAAGAGACAUUAAAGAGCAGCUGGUGAACCAAUGGCUGAAUGAGGACUUUGAGUGGCCCAGAUCCAGCCAUCCUGCCAUUCACAAUGCUGGAGAUCUCCACAACCUUGCUUACACACAUGAAGACUCUGGACCGUCUUUGGAUACUGACGACAGACCGCCGAGCUCAUCCGCGAGUAUUUACGGGCUGGACACUGAGUACCAGCUGUCAGAUACACCAUACAGACACAAUACUCCAACUACUAAUACUCUCUCAUUUUCUAAUGCUGGACACCCACAAUCUGCCAGCCUGCCUCAACCUAAGAGAAACUUCUCACCUCAGCUGUUGAGGAUCAGCAGGCCUCAGAUAAAGACAUCGUGGGAUGCCUGAGCCCUAAGUCUGCAUCAUUAUGGACAAAGUCUCCGUUCGUCUGUCAAACUGUUGACUCUGACACUUGCUCUUAAAUAUUUUUUUAUGGCUUUCUGAAUAUAAUAUAUACAUAUCUAUACGUACUGCUUUUAGGGGUUUGAUUUAUUUAUUUAUUUAUUUAUUUGUGUAUUUUAAAAUGGCAACAGGGUAAAUGCGUAUUUUCUGUCUUCCUCAUGAGGAAUUCUAAGUAAUGACAACAAAACUGUCGGCGUGUCCACAUGAUACAUGUCAUCCGUGUGACCGGUGCUGUCUUGCAAAACAUUUAAGAUUUUGACUCUGGGACACCUUAUUGACUGCCUGGGCAAUGCCAUAUUACCUAUUGAUUAGAUUAGAUUAGAUUAGAUUCAACUUUAUUGUCAUUGUGCAGAGUACAAGUACAAAGAUGAAAUGCAGUUUGCGU